CUUCACUCCCUGAGACCCUCUCAAUCUACACCACCUCAUCACUAUCACUCCAUCUCCAACAACCCCCGGCCCUAUAUAAAUUAACCCCUACCCUUGCACAACAUCUCAACUCACUCAACCAUCACAAAGCUCAUACCAUAUAUCAUCACUCAUGGCUUCAAAAAUGUCCCCGCUCCUCUCCUUCUUCAUCCUCACUCUCUCUUCUCCCAUGGUUGCCUCAUCAAGAAUCCUCAAGAGUGAGAUUGCCAUGGCAGAGAGGUAUGAGCAAUGGGUGGUUGACUACGGUCGAACAUACAAAGAUGCCGAUGAAAAACAACUCCGUUUUGAGAUUUUCAAGCUCAAUGUCGAGUUCAUUGAGUCGUUCAACUCAGCGGAGAAUCAUAAGUUUAAACUCGGCAUAAACCAGUUCGCAGAUCUCACUAACAAAGAGUUCAAAGCCAUGUACACUGGUUUCAAACCUCCCACUAGCGAUAAUAGGAGCAAGACCAAUUUCAAGUACGCAAACUUCACUGAUGUUCCUGAAUCUGUGGACUGGAGAGACAAGGGUGCCGUCACACCUAUCAAAGAUCAAGGCGCAUGCGGAUCUUGUUGGGCAUUCUCGGCUGUGGCAGCUAUGGAAGGAAUAACAAAGUUGAGCACUGGCAAUUUGAUCUCCCUUUCAGAGCAAGAGCUUGUGGACUGUGAUAUUCAUGGGAAUGACACAGGAUGCCAAGGUGGAUACAUGGACAAUGCGUUUGAGUUCAUCAUUGAGAAUGGUGGUCUCACAACCGAAGAAAACUAUCCUUAUAAUGCCACUGAUGAUGUUUGUAAUACCCAGAAAGCGGCUUCACAUGAUGCAAGCAUUAAGGGUUUUGAGGAUGUGCCGGCAAACAGUGAAGAUGACUUGCUCAAGGCUGUGGCUAAUCAACCUGUUUCAGUUGCAAUUGAUGCUAGUGGCCUUUUUCAGUUUUACUUUAGUGGUGUUUUAUCUCCUAUUGGGUGUGGUAAUGAACUUGAUCAUGGUGUGGCAGCUGUUGGUUAUGGGACAACUAGUGAUGGUACGAAGUAUUGGAUUGUGAAGAACUCAUGGGGAGAGAGUUGGGGAGAGCAAGGAUAUGUGAGGAUGCAGAGGGAUGUUGAUGUUGAAGGAGGCACAUGUGGCAUUACCAUGCUUGCAUCUUAUCCUACUACUUGAAAUGAUUCAAGCCUGUUGUUGUUUUGACCAUUU